AUGAGUUACGCCAGAUCUAUCAUUCCUCAGCAGGCCGGUAACAAUAUCGGUGUUGGCACCAACAACAAGGCUCUGACGCUCAGUGCGAAGGUGCUUCGUAAAAUUGUGGAUCCAUCAAGCGGCAUGAUACGUUUUACCUCCCUUGAUUUCUUCUCUGGUACCCAGAGAGUUUGUAGUUUUCUCCCUGACGCAGACUAUGAGGUUCCAAUUGUGACCUAUGUUGAUUACUGGUGUACUCGUGUCUGUGAGGAGUCUCAGAUUGUUACACUUGUUGCUGAUGAUGGCACCAUUAAGGAAGAUAUAAGGACUGGACUCAAGCUCGGUAGGAAAGUUAUUGUCACUGUCGCGUCUGCAAUGGGGGAUAAGGAAAUCCAUAUCUUGGAGAAUGUGAGAAUGCCUGAGAAGUUUUCAGACAGAUGGUUUCUUGUGGUGUGCCUUGUGCUGCCUAUUAUGACAUACAACAUUCAGUUAGAUGGUCUUUGUAAUAAUGGGAAGCUAGAGAAAGCUUUGGCUCAGAUAAUGGAUUAG